AAUCGAAAUCAGGUGGCAGCAAGUGCUUUUUCCAGCAGGCUGGCAACGUACAUACUAUUGCUGUCAUACUCCCACCCACAUAACCGAUCCGUCCAAGUGUGCGAGCAAGAGACCACACAGGUGUGCGUGCAGUAUUUUUCUUAGUAUUUUGAAAUGGUGGUGUUUUUUGGUGCAACACGGAGGCGAUUUUAUUUUUAUUUGUAACAAUUAUUUGCGUUUAUAUUCACAACAAACACAGUUUGUAAUACAUUUUGUACACAAGAAGCGUCACAUCAGAGACGUUUUAUUCGAUUCCUUAUAACGAACGCUUUCGUUACGGCUACAGUAAACAGUAAACAAAUAAAACCUCGUCGUUCAGUCGAACAAAAACUAGAUUAGAGUUGCCUACAAAGUUUCUUGCUUCUUAAGAAUUGAAUUUUGUAAAAUACAUUCUAAUAAAACACGUCAGGGGCGCUGAAAAUACAAAAUAUAUUAGGCAGGGACGUGUGAAAUUCGGCCAAUACAACGCAAAUUUUGACACGGCCGCGAGUGAAAGGUGUCAAAAGAAGCAACAACAACAGAUACUGCAUGGCAAUGGAAUUUUUGUUCGGUUCGCGUUCCAGCCGCACUUUCAAGCCCAAAAAGAACAUACCAGAGGGUACCCAUCAAUAUGAUCUCAUGAAACAUGCAGCAGCCACCUUAGGCUCUGGAAAUUUGCGAAAUGCCGUUGCACUGCCCGAUGGCGAGGAUCUCAAUGAAUGGGUUGCCGUCAACACCGUGGACUUUUUUAAUCAGAUUAACAUGCUGUACGGCACCAUUACGGAGUUUUGCACGGAGGAGAGCUGCAGCAUUAUGUCGGCCGGUCCGAAGUACGAAUAUCAUUGGGCCGACGGUUUAACCGUCAAGAAGCCCAUUAAAUGCAGUGCACCCAAGUAUAUUGACUAUCUAAUGACUUGGGUACAGGAUCAGCUUGAUGAUGAAACGCUGUUUCCAUCCAAAAUCGGUGUACCGUUUCCAAAGAGUUUCCUCGCCUCCGCCAAGACCAUACUAAAACGUCUAUUUCGCGUAUAUGCUCACAUCUAUCAUCAGCAUUUCUCCGAGGUAGUCACGCUGGGCGAGGAGGCCCAUUUAAAUACGUCCUUUAAACACUUCAUAUUCUUUGUGCAAGAGUUCAAUUUGAUUGAACGCCGCGAGCUGGCGCCGCUUCAGGAACUCAUCGAUAAGUUGACGGCAAAGGAUGAAAGGCAGAUAUAGGAAUCACUGCAAGUGGUGGCGAGUUGCGAGGACAGUGGUGGCGGUGGCAACGGCUUCAGCGAUGGUGGUGGUGGUUGCAGUAGCAACGGCGGCAGUUUGCAAUUAGACUUGUGAUGAAACUUUUAGGCAUUGCCCGUCAUCGACUGGCCUUGACUUAGGGUUUAAUCGCAUUUUGGCGAUUUGAUGGACUCUCGUGUAUUACGCUUUAGUUAGUUACCGCAUUUCCUAUUCUCGUUUAUAGCUUUUAAGUUUUGUUCAGUGCGUAUGUGCUUUACUUUUCUGCUGUCGUUUCCCUAUCCCCACAGUGGUUAUAGGCAGGGCGCCGUUAGCUGCAAACAACAAAAUUAUAUUAAAAAUAUUAACGAUAACGACAUAAACACUGAGGAGCAACUACUAUAUUUUUAUAUGUGACACGUAACCUUAAGAGAUAUAUAGCCUUUAUAUAUAUAAAUAUGUUUAUGUAUAAAUGGAAAUAACACUGGCAGCUCAUGUGCACGUUACGACUACUAACGACUCUUGCUGCUUCAAACAAAUUCUGUAUGUUCACAAAAGCUAGCUUGUUUAUUUGUUUAUGUUCUUGUAUGAUCUAUGUAGUACGUAUUUAUUACUUUUGUCUCUAUGGCAGAAGAAAAAAACAACAACUAUCUGUGUCGUCAGCGGGCGUAUUAUUUAACGGAUUAAACCUAUGUGUGUGUUGUAAUCCAAAACGUAAAUCCCCAGGAAUGUGAAACGGCAACGUCGACGGCCCAAUAAAUGAUAAUAAUUGUAGACUUGAUAAACAUUUUUGAUACGUUUUAUACUAAUAAAGAAAAACUGAAUUAUAUUAA